CUGUGGAAAACCGGAUGAGAAAGAUCCACACAUUGACGCCGUGUUUUUUCAUCUUGUACCCGAAAAAGGGAAUCAGCCUAAGUCGGAUUUAUCAGCAAAGGCGGGCCACACACUGCCCCAUGAGCUGUGAUUUGGCGAGGAACACACUCGAACUUUGGACGUUGGGCCAUUUUGGAGGGAGAAUGGCUCCCAGUUACUCCAUCUACCGAAUCCUCAUUCGAGGAUCGUCACAGAUGUGGGGAUCUGCCCACUUACGUCAAUAAUACAGGCUUCCAGAAGCUUUAUAACUACAUAAAAACCCCUCCACCAAGGAGCUGAGCGUCGAAUUUUCCACAUACCAACUCACAAUUGUUUUAUUCACCAUUGACACCUGUAAAUAAUCAUGGCACCCGAGAACAUGAAGCAGUGGACCGUGCAGGGCAAGGCCAACGGCUUUGACGAGCUUGCCUACAAUGAUGCGCCAGUCCCCAAGGUUGGCGAUAACGAUGUGUUGGUGAAGUUCCACGCCGCCUCGCUCAAUUAUCGCGACCUUAUCAUUCCACGGGGCAUGUACCCCUUCGCCAUCAACUUCCCUGUUGUGCCAGGCUCAGAUGGAGCCGGUGAGGUUGUCGAAGUGGGUCCUAAGGUGUCUCAAUUCAGCAAAGGAGACAAGGUGAUUACCCUGUUCAAUCAGCUGCACCAGUACGGUCCUGUCGAUCCCAGGGCCGCCGGAUCUGGCCUGGGUGGUGUUAUUGAUGGUACUUUGCGUCAAUACGGCGUCUUCAACGAGAAUGGUCUAGUGAAAAGCCCGAAGAACCUCACCCACCUUGAGGCCAGUACGCUUUCGUGUGCCGCUCUGACCAGCUGGAACGCUUUGUAUGGUCUGAAGCCUCUCCAGUCAGGACAGACUGUUCUGGUGCAGGGAACUGGCGGCGUUAGCUUGUUUGCACUGCAGUUCGCUAAAGCUGCUGGGGCGACUGUCAUCGCUACUACCUCCUCUGCUGAGAAGUCAGAGAAAUUGAAGGAGCUUGGCGCAGACCACGUUAUCAACUACAAGUCUGAUCCCAAUUGGGGCGAGGCUGCUCGCAAGCUCACGCCCGACAAUGUUGGUGUGGACCACAUCGUCGAGGUCGGCGGCAGCGGAACGCUUAACCAGAGCUUCAAGUGUAUCAAAUUCGAGGGUGUCAUUAGCAUUAUUGGUUUCCUCGGCGGUGUUGAUCCCAAGUCUCAGCCGACCAUUCUUGACACCCUCAGCAACAUCUGUACCGUUCGGGGUGUUUACGUCGGAAGCAAGGAAUUACUGAACAACAUGGUUAAGGCUAUUGAGGCUAAUGAUAUCCAUCCUGUUGUGGACCCUAAGGUCUUCACCCUCGACAAGGCUAAGGAUGCUUAUGAAUACAUGUGGGCCCAGAAGCACUUCGGAAAGCUAGCGAUCAAGAUCGAUUAAACGUCUUUAGAAGCGCAGAUACCUAACGUAACGAUGUGACUGAUCAAUGAAACUUUUAUAGAGAAUAAAAACAAUCAAUGAGCAUAAUACACAGGAUCCUAAGCUA